AUGGAGGUUGGAAUUAACUCAAGCUGGAGCUUUCGAAAAUUGCUUAGUAUGAGGCUUCAAGCUUCUUCUGUUCUUGCUUCUGGAGCCCAGUCGAUCAAGGACAUUUGGCUCCUGAUUCGAAACAAGGAGGAAAAUGUCACUUGGCACAAGUUGAUAUGGUUUCCUCUUCAUAUUUCUAAGUAUAGUAUUAUUACUUGGAUGGCUUUUUUAGACAGACUACCAACUAAAGAUAGGUUGAUACGAAUGAGGUUCAACAUUGAUGAUAAAUGUGUGUUUUGCAAUGACUUGUUGGAAACUAGAGAUCACUUAUUCCUUCAUUGUGCUUUGGCUAGUUCUUUAUGGGAUGCAGUUUUGAAUCUCAAUGGCAUUCGUAGAGGAUCAUGUUCAUGGGACAUUCACUUAGCUUGGGCUUCUGCUUCUUGGAAAGGAAAAUCCUUGCUCACUACUAUCAUGAAGUUAGCUUGGACUACUUUUACUUACACUAUUUGGGAGGAGAGGAACAAAAGAAUAUAUCAAGAACGCUCAAGAUCUUUUGAUGACUUAUUUCAUGCUAUUCAAGAGUCUGUUGCUAUCCAACUAAGGGGUAGGAAUAUUAAUAGGAAUGUCAGUGUUAAUAUCACACUUUGUAAUCAAUGGGGUAUAGAGUAUUGA